AUGAACUUUGAAAACUUCGAAAGUAUCUCAGAAGAGCCUGGCUCCGCGUCAACUACACGACCCCCGACUAGUCGGACUCGAGGCUUCACCACUUCUUCAGGGCGGCAGACCGUCAGAUGGCCCUUUCACAGCUUCAGCAACUCACGAUCUUCCAUUCCCAAUUACCCUCGCAGACCGUCCAACUCUCGCUCUAUCCCACACAGUUCGGGCUCUUUUCCUCGCCGUGCUGCCAGCAGCAUAAGUCGUUCUGUCUCUAGCGUUCUUGGUAGCGACAUCAUCCCUGACUAUGUAGUCAACUUCAUGCGCGGCGAGACGCCGGAGACUCUCGCUCGAAGACACCGCAUCCCAGAUAGUCCUGAGCCUGGACAGUUUCAACGCCCACGGGAAUCUCAACUCGACUUUAUUCACUCGGCCUCGAGUACACCCGACAACUCGAGGCCGGGUACUCCGAGGGCUGAACGGGAGAAGAUGCUUGUGGAGGAACGACCGCAGCCUACCCGAUCACUUAUGACGGGAUGGAGAGCUGGUGUUGCAGCCAACAUGUUCCUGGCUUUCCUGAUUCUCGUGGCUUCUGUGGCUUGUCUCGGUCUCGCCUCGGCCCAUGGACACAUGUCAACAUGGGAGUCGUUGUUAAUGGAGGGUAGUUCGACUACCGUUGAAGGUAUUGCUAGAGGGAUCUUGGCGGCCGUGAAUGGGUUUUCCAUCAUUCUCCUCGCUGGGGCCAACUACGUCGUUCAAAUCCUCAACAGCCCGACUCGUGCUGAGGUAGACAACGCCCACUCAACUUUUAAGUGGCUCGACAUCGGUAUCCCAUCUCUACGAAAUAUGUCACUCAUCUCUUCGACUAGGGCAACACUGUCAGGUAUCAUGAUGGUGUUUGCCCUCCUUUCCCAAGUAAUAUAUAAUUCCAUAAUUGUUACUACCGAACACGCAGAGGAAUAUAAAUCAUCGCUUAACGUUAACGGCCCUCUCCUCGCCGCUAUUACGCUAAUAAAUGUUGUUCUCAUCCUCACUUAUGCCAUUGCUGUCGCAUUAGCACUCACCAGACAAGUCUUCAGCCCACUCGUCACGCUUGGUGAUGCUCUGAGCUCGUUCCUCGCCGAUCCCGAUAUCAGCACUCAGGACUCAUGCCUCAUCACCAAGGAAGAGAUCAAGAAGGGAUUAUGGGGAGACCGAGAGGGCAAGUACUGGUAUGCCAAGACAAGCCGCUGGGUUAAUGUUCCCUCAUUCAACCGAUGGGCUAUUUGGUUCAUGACAUGGAUCAUGCCUGUGGGGUUGGCAGCUGCGGCUCUGGCGCUAGGGGCUGUGGAGGAACCCAAGGAGGCCUUCACUAGGUUCGGCAAGGCGGCAGUGGUAUAUGAGCUGCCCGUGGGAACGUCAAGGUCUGGUAUGGCCGUUGUGGCUGCGUUGCCCCAGCUCCUCUUGGGUCUGUUGUAUCUUUCCAGUAAUGCGCUGCUUACCUUGUUCUACCUGUCCCACGAGCUCUCGCACUUUACAUCGGACCUGCUUCCUUUGCGCGUGUCUUCAGGACAGCCACUCGGUUCACAGACAACUUCACUGUAUCUCACCUUGCCUCGACCCGUAUCCUGGAUACUCUUCUUUCUUGUUACCGCGAUGGCAUUUCUCCUCAGUCAGGGCAUUCUUCUCGUGUCCGUGGACGGCAUUAAGGGAACCACAACGGGAAUUGGCUUCAGCCCCCUACCGCUACUUAUCCUCCUCGUUCUACUCGUUCUACUCGGUCUCGGCAUUGCUGGUCUAGCAUUCCGGCAGGUGGAUCCCCGUGGUUCCGUUGAAGGGGGAGAACCGGCCGGUAACCCACUCGCUUUAGUGGGCGGAACGUGUUCGGCGGUUCUGAGCGCACGAUGCCACCGGGUACCGCGAGAAGGCGGUGUUGAAACACUCGAGGUUCGUUGGGGCGUGGUGCGAGAAGGUGUAGGAAUGAACGCAGGACAUGCGACCUUUUCUGGAAGACCAGUGGGGGACAUCAUGGUUGGUAGAGCUUACUCCUGA